GGUGAUCUCUGAAAUUACUCAGGAAGCUGAGGCUCAGAGAGCUGCUACUGAAAUUGAAGAAGAAUAAAAGAGGAAACUACUUUCUUUUCUUUCGAGACCAGUUCUCACUAUUCAGCCUAAGCCUGUCUUGAACGUGCAGUCCUGCUUUGUCCUCCCAAAUGUACUGGAACUACAAACAUGUCCCCUCGUAUCCAGCUUGAGGAGACUAUUUGUAUACAACAAUGUUAGUGUGAGCAACCCUAAUUAACCUGAUUUUUUGCUGAUAAUCACUCUCAAUGGAAUCAAAUCACAAAUCCGGGGAUGGAUUGAGCGGCACCCAGAAGGAAGCGGCCCUCCGCGCACUGGUCCAGCGCACAGGAUAUAGCUUGGUCCAGGAAAAUGGACAAAGGAAAUAUGGUGGUCCUCCACCAGGUUGGGAUGCUGCACCCCCAGAAAGGGGCUGUGAAAUUUUCAUUGGAAAACUUCCCCGAGACCUUUUUGAGGAUGAACUUAUACCAUUAUGCGAAAAAAUUGGUAAAAUUUAUGAAAUGAGAAUGAUGAUGGAUUUUAAUGGCAACAACAGAGGAUAUGCAUUUGUAACAUUUUCAAAUAAGCUGGAAGCCAAGAAUGCAAUCAAACAACUUAAUAACUAUGAAAUCAGAAACGGGCGUCUCCUGGGGGUCUGCGCCAGCGUGGACAACUGCCGGUUGUUCGUUGGGGGGAUCCCCAAAACCAAGAAGAGAGAAGAAAUCUUAUCGGAGAUGAAAAAGGUCACCGAAGGAGUUGUGGACGUCAUCGUCUACCCCAGCGCUGCAGACAAAACGAAGAACCGCGGCUUCGCCUUCGUGGAGUACGAGAGCCACCGCGCCGCGGCCAUGGCCCGGAGGCGGCUGCUGCCAGGAAGAAUUCAGUUGUGGGGACAUCCUAUUGCAGUGGACUGGGCAGAGCCAGAAGUAGAAGUUGAUGAAGAUACAAUGUCUUCAGUGAAAAUACUCUAUGUAAGGAAUCUUAUGCUUUCUACCUCAGAAGAGAUGAUUGAAAAGGAAUUCAAUAAUAUUAAACCAGGUGCCGUGGAAAGGGUGAAGAAAAUUCGAGACUAUGCUUUUGUGCAUUUCAGUAACCGAGAAGAUGCAGUUGAAGCUAUGAAGGCUUUAAACGGGAAGGUACUGGAUGGCUCCCCAGUCGAAGUGACAUUAGCCAAACCAGUGGACAAGGACAGUUAUGUUAGGUACACCCGGGGCACAGGUGGAAGGAAUGCCAUGCUACAAGGGGAGUACACCUACUCCUUGGGCCAUGUUUAUGACCCCACUACAGCCUACCUUGGAGCUCCUGUCUUCUACACCCCUCAGGCCUAUGCAGCAGUCCCCAGUCUUCAUUUCCCAGCCAACAAAGGACAUUUCAGCAACAGGGCCCUUAUCCGAGCCCCUUCGAUCAGAGAAAUUUACAUGAAUGUCCCUGUAGGGGCUGCGGGAGUGAGAGGCCUGGGUGGCCGUGGAUAUUUGGCAUACACAGGCCUGGGGCGUGGAUACCAAGUAAAAGGCGACAAGAGAGAAGACAAACUCUAUGACCUUUUACCUGGGAUGGAGCUCACCCCCAUGAAUCCUGUCACUUUAAAACCACAAGGAAUUAAACUUGCUCCCCAGAUAUUAGAAGAAAUUUGUCAAAAAAAUAACUGGGGACAGCCAGUGUACCAGCUGCAUUCUGCCAUUGGACAAGACCAGAGACAGUUAUUCUUAUACAAAGUUACUAUCCCUGCCCUGGCCAACCAGAAUCCUGCCAUCCAUCCUUUCACACCUCCAAAACUAAGUGCUUAUGUGGACGAAGCAAAGACCUACGCAGCAGAGCAUACCCUGCAGACGCUAGGCAUCCCCACUGAUGGAGGAGACUCCGGGACCGCCGCAGCCGUGGCCACUUCCACUACUGUUUUCCCAGGAUACGCUGUCCCCAGCGCAACCGUUCCUGUGUCUGCAGCCCAGCUCAAGCAGGCUGUGACCCUUGGACAAGACUUAGCAGCAUACACAACCUAUGAGGUUUACCCUACGUUUGCAGUCACUGCACGAGGGGAUGGAUAUGGAGCCUUCUGAAGAUAUCUAUAUUUUAAUUAACUUAAGAAUAAUACACACAGAAUUUUAUAAAGAAACUAAACUGUUAAAAGAGUUCCCCUAAGACUGUGUUAUAGCUUUUCCAAAGCAACACCUUUUCUAAGAUGGAGUAAUGUCCUCAUUGGAGAAUGAGGACAUGAGAAUUUUUUUUUUUUUAAUGAAAUCAAAUGCUAUAAAGCGUUUUACUUAACAGAAAGCUAAAGAGUCACUGACAACAAAAGUUGUUCUUCCACGGAUCCGAGUGUCGUGGGAGGGAGUUACAAACCCUGACAUAGCAGAGAGAGAUCUCUUGGCAGCCAAGAGCUGGGGCGGAGCAGACCUGGGAAAUCAGUACCGAGGAACAAGCUUGUUAAAUGCCAGAGUUGCCACAUCUGGCUCACCACUGCUGUCGUGAUCGACAGAGGCAAAAGGAAAGGAAGAGGAUGCUUUACAAAACGCCUUCACCUCUGCCCAUGGUGUGAGGUAUGAUUACAGGCCUGAGUUCAUGAAAACUAAACCUUAGACCUAGCAGCCCUUCAGUCUGAAAAUUCCGUCUCGGCAGUUUGUAUGUAUCUUCCUGUCUCCUACAGCCUCCCAGGACUUCCAAGAAAUGGACGUGAUCCAAGCCCUGUGUUUAUUCGACUCAUUAGCCCACAUUAUUCUCCUUUAAAAAGACCCACCGUGCCCCAGCAUGCUCACCUCACAAAGCCGGCACAAAGUACCGAAGCAAGAAAGGAUUUCUUUUCCUCAUUUUUAAAUUUUUGGCUUGUCCAUACACAUUUAUAUUCAUCUUGGAUUCAUUUUGCUGUUGCCUAAUUCUGUAAAGUAAAUUGUAUCUACAUAAUGUCACUUAUGAUAGUUUUCUAAGCAAAAAAAAAAAAAAAGCCCCAAAAGUCAUUUCAACGAGCCAUGACGUUUUUGUUUUUGUUUUGUUUUGUUUGUUUUGUUUUGCUUUUGUUGUUCUGAGACAGGAUCUCCCUGUGCAGCUCAGGCUGGCUCUGAACUGGUGAUUUUCCUGCCUCAGCCUCCCAAGUGCUGGCUGUGCCAAUAUGUACCAUCACACCUGACUCUAGAACUGGGAUUAACUUUCAAAUUAGCUUUGAAUUCUCGCACAGUGAUGUCAGAUCUGACAAGAAUCACUUGCCUUCCCUUCACUUUACCUUAUUUCAAGAAAGUAUAGAGGCUAAUAUAGCUGAAUCCUUUGUUUUGAGAGUAUCACAGGAAAGUCACUCCUAUCAUUGCUGGUCAGAAAUGUCUCCACACAUGCUCAGGAAAGGUGUUUGCCACAGUCUUGAUGAUCUAGUCUAGAGCCUUGGGAACAUCUCAUGAUGAUAUGCUAGGAAGAAGUUUCAAAAUAGAAAAUGGGGGUUGAAAACCAGUACUUUCUUUCCAUACUUACAGUGAUUUCUGAGUUCAAAACAGAAAUGACCAAAGUCCAGUGCAGAAUAUUAAUGCUAUUCUAGUCUCAUUCAUGAUUUUAGACAUACAGCAUUAGAAUUUCCAUUAAAAAAAAUCUUUUGGCUCUUUUAAAAUUCCAUAGAACUCAAAGGAUAACAAACAGAAGUGGAGGAAAUUUUACUAACUGCUUAAUGGAACUGGUUAAUCCAAAAAUUAGGCCAGGUUCCAAUCAAAGUUGGGUAAAUUUCAGUCACUGUUCAAAGUUUUGAUACCUUUCAGUUCUGUUACCUCCAAUCAAACAUCAACACAAAAGGCUCCAAAUCUCUAGCUGAAAUUGCCAAAUGCUCUGUGCUUUCUGGUUUAUACUUAGCUUCUGUAUUGUCAUAUUUCUAAGUACAGUGGCAAUCUCCUAAUGCAGAGGUUACACUUCGAGCCAAUUACAUCAGCAUGUCUUAGAGUGAGUACCUGACAUCAGUGUUAUAUAUGUACUUUAGGUAAUUCAAUAUGCAACUGAGUUUGGGAACUUCUGACAUUCUUUGUUUCCACUCUACCUCUUGAGUUCUUUUCUUUGUAACUUUACUUUCCCUAACUAUAAAAAUACAUGAAAAAAAUCUAAGUUAGCGAUAUAGCCAAAUAUUUUUACUUAUGCUUACCUCAUAAGCAGUAUGAAUUUGAAGAUAAUUCAUUUUAGCUUCAAACUAACGGUGAAACAAAAUUCUAAAACUGAAAAAGUGGGGGGGGGGGAAGGUCCUUGGAGCACUCAUAUAUCCAAACUUACAUUCCACACAGACUUGCUUCGACUCUCAGAAAGAGUAAUUACACUGAUGUACCAGUCCUUUGGGCAGGCAAAUCUUUCCUCAGUCUAAAAAAAAGCAUCCAAAUUCCAAGAGCAAAAAACUUUAAUAUCCUUAGACUUUUUGAAAAUAAAUAGCCAAGGGCACUGUGCAUGUUCAUAUGACACGCAAUAGAAAGACCAAAACAUUUUAUAGUUAUUCAAAAGGAAACAAUAAUUACUUCAUACAGAAACCUUCUUAUGAGAAUAUCAUCAUUAUGAAUAAUUCCAUCAUCAUUCUUUUAACAUAUUUCAAUAAAAAUCUAAAUGUGAUAAAAGUUCUUAGGCAUGAUGGCACAUGGAGACUGAGGCAGGAGGAUCACUGUGAGUUCAAGACCAGCUCUGGGUUACAGAAUGAAUUUCAAGUCAACCUGAGCUAGAGAAAGACCCUGCCUAGUUGAUGGGCCAGGGAGACUGAAGUGUUACAAAAAUUUCUAGUGGAACACCACAUCAUUAUUUUUUGAGGAAAAAAAACAUAAGCAUUUAUGUCAUUUGUCUUCAUGGGACUGAUUGUUAUAGUAGU